UUUUCAAUGAAGCGAAGGUAUGAUUCUUAUUUUGGAGCAACUGAAUUCAACAAUGACGUACUUGAUUAUAUGUAUGGAAUGGACCUAUCAAGCAAUGAGUUAAGUGGGGUUAUCCCAGCAGAGCUUGGAAGUCUCUCAAAGCUACGAGUCAUGAAUUUAUCUUGCAACUUCUUGUCCAGUUCAAUACCAUCUAGCUUCUCCAAUCUCAAGGAUAUUGAGAGCCUUGACCUUUCGCAUAACAUGUUACAAGGAAGUAUUCCUCAACAACUAACCAACCUUUCUUCUCUUGUUGUCUUUGAUGUGUCUUACAAUAAUUUAUCCGGAAUCAUUCCCCAAGGAAGGCAGUUUAAUACCUUUGACGAGAAAAGCUACUUGGGAAAUCCUCUUCUUUGUGGACCACCGACCAAUAGAAGUUGUGAUGCUAAGAAGACCUCAGAUGAAUCAGAAAAUGGAGGAGAAGAAGAAGAUGAUGAAGCUCCUGUUGAUAUGUUGGCCUUCUAUUUUAGUAGUGCUUCGACUUAUGUAACUACAUUGAUAGGCAUUUUUAUACUUAUGUGCUUUGAUUGUCCUUUGCGUCGAGCAUGGCUCCGCAUUGUCGAUGCUUCCAUCGCCUCAGUCAAAAGUAUGUUGCCUUAA